UGUUAGUUCAAAUUGCACAGAGUAAAUUUGAUAUUUAUAACAUUUUCUAAAAAUGUUCCGUUUCUUGGUAAUUAGUUUCUUAGCUUUUGCUUCGGCUGAAGUCAUUGUCGAUGGACCCUGUCCGGAAGUAAAGGCGUUGGAGAGUUUCAAGUUUCCUGAGUUCCAAGGAACAUGGUAUGAGAUCGCCAAAUUCCCCAACGUCGGAGAAGAUGGUAACAAGGGUAAAUGCUCCACUGCGGAGUACACCGUCAAUGGAGACAAGGGCACUGUGAGGAACUCGCAAGUAGUGAACGGAGUCAAGUCUUACGUCGACGGUGAACUGACUCUGGUGGGACCUGGAAGAGUGAUGAUCACAUACAAGUUUGAAGGUUUCACCAAGAAUUCAGUUCUGACGGUUGUUGACACUGACUACAAUAACUACGCAAUCGGAUACAGCUGCAAGUUCUUGGAGAAGGAUAACAAACACCAAGUGUUCUCCUGGAUUUUAUCAAGAAACAAGAGCUUGGGCGACUCUCAGGCCAAGGUGAACGCCUUCUUGGACAACUUCCCAGCAAUUGACAAGUCCAAUUACGUUUACAACGACUUUUCUGAAAAUACUUGCAAGUUCACCUCCUCCAGAGCUAUUACUAGCAUCCGCAGGAAGAACUAAAUCUUUAAAUUUAGAAGACUUAUGAAGAUUUUGUUUUGUAUCGAUGUUUCUAAAUAAUUUACAACUGAGAUUUGCAUUUAUUUUGGAUUAUCUCAAUCCAUUCGAUUGAUAUGUUUUCGAUCAUCGUUUUUUCUUAGUUUUCAAUAAAAUAUGUAUAAAGGAUAUAUUUUGCGAAGUUUCUUAAAGAAAAUAAAAAGUUGAUUUGACAUUUU